ACUCGUGAGGUGCAAAACUUUCUAGCGCAUUAGAACUUGAUAGGUGUUGUGUACUCUCUCUCUACUUGCUGGAACGAAUAACAAAAGCACAAAGCAACCAAAAUGAACACAGAAGUAGCUCCGGAGGAGUUUGAGCCAGAAAUAAAAAGAGGCUGCUGGAAGGAAGAGCCAGAAGAUGACGAGCUGCCCCUCUUGAACGUCCCGGACAACUCCAGACUCGGAGGUGUCAAAAUGGAGACCGCUGAUCCAUCCAUCAGCUUGGAGAUUUGCAGCAAAGGUGGGGGUAGCCUUCUAGGCCAGGAAGAACUCAAUCCACAGUCCACAACAAGCACAGACAGCCCCGAGGCUGAAGAGCUAGAAGAAAGUCCCUCGCCAUUACUAGCAACUCCACACAGUGGGAUAACACUCACUCUUGACAACAUGGACUUGUGGAGCAAGUUUUCUGCAGUGGCUACUGAAAUGAUCAUCACCAAAUCCGGCAGACGAAUGUUUCCAACUUUCAGUGCAAGCAUCUGCGGACUGCAAAUGGACCAGAAGUACACCAUGACCUUCCGCUGCAACCCGGCAGACAACAAGCGAUACAAGUUUGUCAACACGAGCUGGGUCGUCGCAGGUAAAGGAGAGAGCCACAUUGAUGAUCUCCUAGCGCAUGUUCAUCCAGACUCACCAGCACUGGGAAAGCAUUGGCUCCACAAUAAGGUCCAUUUCAAGAAAGUGAAACUCACAAAUAACAAGAACACAAGAAAAGGCCAAAUUGCACUCAAUUCUAUGCACAAGUAUAUACCUUGUGUCAUUGUCAGUAAAUUCAUCACCCGUAAGAAAUCCGAAGUCGUUCAUGUACAAGAAUUCCCAGAAGCAUAUUUCUAUGCUGUCACAGCUUACCAGAAUGAUCAAGUGACACAGCUAAAAAUUGAUAAUAACCCAUUUGCAAAGGCAUUUAGGGACUCUCCUGCAGACUCAGAGCUACAAUCAGGAUUCAAUUAUCAUGGUAAUUGGUUCAACAAUGGAAUAUCAAGAUGGCCAGUGCCCAGUUCGCCUCUUCUUGGACCGAGUUCCUAUCCUCAGAAUUCUCCACUUUUGAGUCCAAAAUGGCCGCCACUCUCUCCUCUACUUAGUCCGUACCAGGGAGAUUUCACUCAAGUUACAUUUAGUCAAGUUACACCGAGUGCCAUGCCCAUUACUGGCCCUUCUCCUCUACCUCAAUUCGGAUCGGUCUUCGGUUGGGACAGCUCAACCGGUCACUUUUCCCUUGCCACGUCAAACAUGUUCCGGCCUUCGCUUCCGACCACACCCACCAUCCCAACCCUCCCUCCAACCACGGGGGGCGCCAAUAUUGCGGACGCCGCACACGACGUCUGACUUCAUUCAUUCAAUAUGUCUCUCAUGCUCAUUAAAAAUUUUUCGUCUUUUAAUAUGUUUAGUUGGCUAACUUACUAACUGACAUACAUGUACAUACAUGCACACACACACACUCGUGCUGUAUAUCAUAGUAUAUGUUUUUAUAUGUACUUGUGGUUGUGAGUUGUUAGUGUGUGCCUGUCUCUACAAUGAUUUCUUAUACUGUCUGCAUGCAGACACGAAUAAUUCCCCUUCUUUCCAAUAGUAAAACUUUAAUUCC